AUUACUCAUAAUGACAUGUGGAAUUUCGGAGACUGACAAGAAAGAGUACGAUGCGUUGGAGUGCAAGAAUAUAACACUUGAGAAGUUUUGCAGUAAUCGACUCACGGAAAGACUAAAAUGUGAACGUAUGAGGAAUCAGUAUCUGCAAGCGUGCCCAGAAGGAAAGGAUCAAUUCAGUAGUGUCAUCAAGUUGUAUUCCGUUAUUCCUAACUCAGUUGCUCGUACAAUUGUUAUUGAUGGAGCUAACGUGAUGCAUUGCGGAUCUGGUUAUCCCGACAGAAGAGAGAAUAGCAAAUCAUCUCAUAUUCCGGAUGUGAUGCCUCUCCUUUCACUGAUCCGUUUCUUCGUCGUUCGCGAUUUUGAAGUUUUUGUUGUAAUUUCCCGUAAAUAUGCGAAACAAGAUGCAACAAACUUCAAAUCUGCAAUUGAUAGGCUUAUCGAAAAUCAUCUCUGCGUUGUCGUGCCGAGUUCGAAUCUCGACGAUUCCGUGGCAUUGCAGUUUGCAUCUCAAAUCAAUGGUGUUGUGAUUACUACCGAUCAAUAUCGAGAUCAUGCAUCAGACAGUCUUCGUUUUAAUACAAUUGUCCGAGAAAAUCGACUUGGAAUUAAAUGGGAAAACGUUAAAUGCAAAAAUACCAGAGCUCCAAACAUUGAAAAUGACUAUGUACCUUCAAAGCGUGUUGUAUUCGUUAAUGAAAGAGAAUCAUCGUCAAGAAUGUCGGAAAACGAUGUCAAAAUGCGGCUCUAUGCAGUUCCAGAUCAUAUUCAAUAUGAAAUAACUAAGGAACGUCGUGUGCUAUCCGAACCUGAAAAGAAAAAAUCAAAAACGAUGGCCCUUCUGAACGAUCUUCUUGCGUACGGACGCCAAAAUUGUCCUGGUGUCAUUGAGGAGAUUUUGAAGAAACCAGUGCAUGUUCCCAACGACCACUCUACACAACAACCACAGCCACCUGAGCAACCAAUUCGUCGAGUUGAUAUUGCUGAUGAAGAGCACAUUGCUGUUUACGUUGGUGAUGGUGAUGAGUGGUGAAUUAAUGUAUUCAAUUUGUUAAUAUAUUUCCAUUUUGAUUAUACUGAGAUCUCACAGAAAUUUUGAAAAUAAAUAGUCUAACUC